AUGUCCACUCUUCGCUUUGGUCAGCACCUCAUUCGGACCUCCGUGGUGUUCCUAAAGACCGAGCUGUCCUUUGCACUGGUUAAUCGUAAACCUGUGGUCCCCGGGCACGUCCUGGUGUGUCCACUGCGGGUGGUGGAGCGGUUUGGAGACCUCAACCCGGAGGAAGUGUCUGAUCUCUUCUGCACCACACAGACAGUGGCGCGGCUCGUGGAGGGUCACUUCUCUGCCACUUCUCUGACCAUCUGCGUGCAGGAUGGAGCCGAGGCAGGACAGACCGUCAGACACGUACACGUACAUGUCCUGCCCCGAAAGAAGGGAGACUUUCAGCGCAACGACAGCGUUUACGACGAGCUCCAGAAACACGACGCUGAGGAUGAGAAUCCUGCAAAGUGGAAAAGCCCGGAGGAAAUGGAUCGAGAGGCAGCGGAGCUCAGAGACAGACUGAAGGGACAAUGA